AUGUCAUUAUCAGCACUGUCUGCAUACCAGUGCCGAGCCAGCAGAGGAGGCGAGGUAGAGGCUGCAGACUGGAGGAGGAGGGGGAUAGUUGGCGUUAUACGCGGUGUCCUUGCACCAAAAAAAAGGGUACUAGAAGUAGUGCGGGUGACGUGAAGAAAUAAGUCCAGCUCGGGCGAGAGGCUGCACGAGAAAAGAUGGCAACGGAUCAGACGAUAGAAAUCUUCAGUAACAAUCAUGCAUGUGUCUCAUCGCCAGAAGAUUUGAGAAGAGUUAAGGAGAAAAAGAGACCCAGAGGAAUACGAGAACUUGGUCAGCUCGCAGAAACGACAAUAACCCUGUGCUUAGAUAUGGCCAGCACCCAGACCAGCCUGAAAACCCCUUUCAAAGACUUGACCUCAUUCAAGGGCAACAUGAAACGGCUGUACAGAGAGAGACUGGAAGACGCGCCCAUCAAGAAGCGAGUGAUGGCGGAGAUCAACCUGAAGCGUCGCAGCUUGGACUCCUUCCCCUCCCUCCCCAAAACUCCCAAGGUGAAGAGGGAGCAGACUGAGGACCCACGCCCCGACUGUGACAUGGACAUGGAAGGCCGGGCUGAACUGCACAUUAUGGGCUCUACUAAAGCCCUGGACCUGAGCCCUGGGCUUAAACACACACUGGCCCAGUUCACCCUCAGCAGCCAGAGCUCCCUCGGGGGCCCGGCCGCCUUCUCUGCGCGCACGGGCCACGAGCAUUCCCAGGCCGGCAUGCCCCCCCUGCCCUCCCCUCCUGUUUUGGGAGGGGGCCCUCUGCUGGUUCCUUGCGACAGCUCUACUGAACUCACCCACUCUCUGCUGGAAGGAGAGUCCAUCUCCUGCUUCGUUGUUGGGGGCGAGAAGCGGCUCUGCCUGCCCCAGGUGCUCAACUCUGUGCUCCGCGACUUCUCGCUGCAGCAGAUCAACACGGUGUGCGAUGAGCUGUACGUCUACUGCUCUCGCUGUGACGCCGAGCAGCUGCACAUCCUCAAGGUGCUGGGCAUUCUGCCGUUCAAUGCGCCUUCCUGUGGCCUCAUUACACUGACGGAUGCACAGCGGCUCUGCAACGCUCUGCUGCGUCCUGGUGCAGCCCUGCCUGCUGACCCCAGUGGUAAGCUGUCAGCAGGGGGCCUCCUGAAGGAGAGCGAAGCCAGCUUCCAGGUGGAGCACCAGUGUCUGGGCAAGUGCCAGGGUCUCUUUGUGCCCCAGUUCUACACCCAGCCCGAGGCGCCCUGCAUCCAGUGUGUGGAGUGCCAGUUGCUUUUUUCACCGCAGAAGUUUGUCAUGCAUUCGCACAAGUCACCCGAUAAGAGGACCUGCCACUGGGGCUUUGACUCAGCCAAGUGGCCCUGCUACCUGCAGCUCGCCAGAAAGUACCAGGGGACCUCAGAGGAGCCCAGACUCAAGCAGCUGCUGGACGAGGUCAAAGAGAAGUUCCACUAUCAGCUCAAGAGGUCGCUAGACAAAAAGGUGGUGGAGGAAGAGAGCCAGGUGAGGAAACCCUCGUUAGAUAUCUGCUCCACUGGCGACAAGUUGGCUGAUGCUGACCCAGCGAGGAAGGGGAAAGCAUCUCCACCGACUCUUGUGUUCAACCGGCUUUUCUCAGAAAUCAAGGAGGAGCCAGGACACCCCACCCUGGUCCAUCCCAGUUACUACAUGUACACAUACGAUAAGAUGGUGGCUCCCAAUGUGUCACUGCGAAGGGAGGCGGAGAUGAGCCCUGAGAUGCUGAGCGCACUGCUCAAACACCACUACAGUCGCAGAGUGCUGGGCCACGACGAGCCGCCAAUGGAUCUUCACGCGUCGCCUGCUGUUGCUGCUGGCGCCGGGGAGGCCAAAUCCCAAUGUGCUGCUGCUGACUCGGCCACCGAGAGGGAAUGCCAAACCCAGGCAGUUUCCAUGGAGAUGAGCAGCCCAGGCUACAAGAAAGCCACCCACAUCACCGCCCACACCCCUCCUCCUCCCCGUCCUCCUCCUGCGUCGCUGUUGUCAUCGGUAACGGACGUAGCGGCUAAGGACUUGAGCUCUGCCACGAGCGGCGCUGUGGCAGCGGUGGGGGGGUUGGAGGAUGACAAAGACAGGAUUGUUGUGGAGAUCAUGCAGAUGUACAGCAGGCAGCAGGAGAAGCUCAACUCCACCCUGCACAAGCAGCUGCAGCUGGAAAUGGAGCUGGAGACUUUGCGUGGUGGCGAAGCGGCGAGGCUACGGGAGCUGAGUGCCGAGCAGCAUGAGCUGCGCAGCGAGCUGGAGGCGGUGCACAGCGAGCAGGCACGGCAGCUCAGCCAGGCCCGCCAGGAGCAGCUGGAGCUAGAAACCCGUCUGGAGCAGCUCCGACAGCAGGCCUGCGCCUGUGAGCCAGGGGCACAGCGCCAGCAAGAGGCCCACUACACAGCACAGUUGUCCGACCUGCGUCAGAGGCUGGAGCGGGCGGAGGCCGACCGACAUGAGCUGCAGGAGGAGCUGCGCAUGGAGCGGGAGGCGCGUGAGAAGCUGGAGCGCACGAUCGCCCAGCUGAAGCAGCAGAUGGCCCAGUCUGGCACGAUGGGAGGCAGCCCCUCUCCUCCUCCUACUCCCUCCACCGGACCCCCUAACGCCCACUCCCCACCCUGCUCAGAGGCCCCAGCGGCUGGCCAAAAGUAACUGCCGCCCCUCCGGGCGCCUCCCCUCAUUCCUUUCCUCAUCACCCGCCAAGUGUACAGACACAAACAGAUCAGCCCAAAGCUGAAAGGAGCGUCACAUCUCCUCAGGCUGAUUUGAAGUUGUGCAUUACGCUCCCCUUUUGUUUAGUGUAGGACUGACUUUUGUUUUUGUAAUUCAAUGAUCACUUAAAAAAGGAAAAAAAAAAGUGUUUUUUUUUUUUUGUUUGUUUUUUUUAAUUUUCACUUUCCUCUCUUUAAACAGUAUUUAAAGGUUUUUGGGCAUGUAUGUUGGGUUUAAUUUAUAGUUUUUACUGAACAAAUAGCUGCUUCACAGACUGGAGACUGGUCCACUGAAGACCAACUCAAUCUUUCACUAUAACCCACCCCGACCCUCCCUGUUCUCCAAUCCAUAUUCUCCGACCCUACCUUCCUGCUUACUGGUUUCUGGAGCUAAUAAUAACUUUGAGAUUUCGGAUACAGAUUCGCUGCUCCUUGUGGACGUCACAUCACGCUACUACCUGGCACAGCGGCCAGUGCUCCUGGACACAUGGCGCCACCUGACCCAUGCCCCUACUCUGUCUUUCUGUAUGUAAAGCCCAAGUACCAGCGACCGCAGGAAACUGCACGGACAUUUUAUUACAUUGUGUAACAUGCGAAAACAUUGAGUCUUUAUGGGGGACAAAGACCUUUACUGUACAAAAAAAAGAAAAAAAAAAAAAAAAUGGACCUCAUGAAAAUAUGCCAAUAGUGAUGCUGAACUUGAAAUGAGUGUUUUGGGGGUUUGGGGUGUGAUCUCUAUAAGGUAGCUAGCUAGGGAGUAGUGUUUCCUGCACUACAGCUGCUCCUAGCGACAGACUGGUUUUCUCCUCUCUCUGCUGGGCCACCUGGGCUCUCCUGUUGUAGACCAAACAGUCUGCUAGAUGAACCGCCAGCUGCCCCGCAUCUCCUCUGAAGAGCCCACACCUUCCAUCAUUGUCCUCUGCUCGGAAACUCCUUAACACUGUGUAUUAUUAUGUUUUUAUUUUUUCACCUCUAGCCUGUCUAUCUUCAGGCUAGACAGGAAACACUGCUGUUUUCAGCCUCGGCUUGAAGAAGCUCACUAACAGUGUUGUGCACUCUUUGCGGGCCCCACCCCCCCUUCAGAUCCCUCUGGGAAAGGAAUGCGUCUGGACACGGGGGCUGUGCCGAGCUGAAAGAAGAAAGGCAGAGCCCUCACGUGUGGGAGCCGCGCCGUGUUACUAUAGUUCAUGCAACAUCCUUACGUGCCUGCACACACUCGACCGCGUCGGUGCAGUGCAGGCAUUCAGGCAGAACAAUGGCCCCGGAGUUCCCAGCAGAUGAUCAAAGCUGUAGUCUGCCCCUCUGCUUUCAGGCUUCUUUAUUGUUAGCAGACAGUUGUAUCCCCACCCUGCUUGCAUGUGAGAAGUGGGUCGCAGGUGAAUGCAGUUAGUCCAGGGUGGUUUGGGUCCUGCUUUCCGUUAUUCUGCCUGACUGAACAAACAGGACCGGGCAGGCAGGGAGAGAGAGCGGGAAGGAUUGAGGGCCCAGAGGACUGGCGCACUCCCCCCCCCACCUCCCACCUCCCACCUCACCCCUGCGGCAGGCUGGGUGGCCCGUUUGCCGGCGGUACCGAGGGAGGCUUUUUUUCUUCUUCUUUUUUGUGUGCCGUCAGAAUCGGGGGCAGCUGCUGUUGUCUGAGGCCCUCUGUCCACCCCUGAGCUAGACUGUACAGGAUCUCCCAGCCAGCGCCUCCCUCUCUGCCCCCUCUCCCACAGUCACUCACUCACACAGCCCGUCCAUCCGCCUCCUGCGCCAGAUCAGCUGGGGGUGUGUGGCGUUUUUUUUGUUUUUGCUUUGUUUUUUUUUUUUGUCAGAGCCCAGGAGAGCUUACAGACAUCCAGCCAGAGGAAGAGAGAACUUUUGUGUCAGUUGCCAGGCAAAGGCGCUUUUUAUUGCCACUAAGAAGAUCCCGGUUAAGCGCGCGAGCUUGUGUGCGUGUGUGUGCGUGUGUGUGCGUGUGUGUGCGUGUGCGUGUGUGUGUGUGGGGGGGGGGGGUGGUUUGCCUCGAUUAAACCCUGAGCUUUUUUUUUUUCUUUCUUAAUGCAUCUGCCAUUAAUGCAAAUUGAUAGACAUUCCACUGUGCUCCAUCCUGUUUUCUCACACAGCUUCCCUUUACGAUGACAGAGCUGAAGAAGCGGGCAGUUGUGGUUUGUUGACAGUCAGAAAAGCAGGUGCAGGUGCACAAACCAGUAAAAAUCAACCCCCAUGCCACAAAUGUACACUCUACUGUUGUUCCAUUUAAACCUUUAUUGAAAUUAUGAAAGAAAAUAUUUAACGUAUUAACUAAAAGAUUUAUAUUCACUUUGUAAAUACAGUAGUCAUUAAUAUAUUAACUGUUCUUAUAAAUAAAUAAUCUUAAAAGGUUAUAAUAUUUGGAUCAGAACCGAGGCUUCAGUCAGCCCCAAUGUUUGUUUCUUUUUCUUUUUUGCUUUCUUCAUGAAAACUAAUGUGAGAACUUGACUUUGUGUGGAUGUGGGGGAGUGGAACGCGUGGUUUACUGAGAUGCGAUGCAGGACAACGGCAAAAAAUAGGAAAAUAUUGCUUUGUUACACACUCCCCCUCCCUUCUUUAUGAACUGAUGGAAAUACUUUUUUGUGGAUUUCAUCAUAAUGGACUGUUUACUGUGUAAUGUAAGCUUUUUUCCUCCCUUCCUUCUCCUCUGAGCAAAAUUGAAAAUGCUUUUUGGAUAAAAUGAAAACUUUUCUUUUCUUUGCAUGGUUUACUGCCCCUUUACUUUUUGUAUCUGUGGGCCACUAUCAGUCUGUUUAAUGUACAAAAAAAGAACAAAAAAAAAAGAGAAAAAGAUUUCCCUGCACAUAACACACAGACUAUUGAGAUGGCUCAUAUGCAUGGAUAUUGAACGUGUGCAAGUUUUAUAUCACGAGUGGAUCAGCGGCUAGCUGAAUAUAAAGUCAGAGUCAGAUCAUGAAGAGUGUAACCUGUAGCCUAAUUUGUUUGGAAAGUGUAUGUGUGUGUCUGGGCAGGCCUCCAAUGUCUGACUGAAGCACAGCAGCUUUGAAAAGGGAAACGGGAGAAACUUGCUCAUGUAGCUCUGGAUGUGCGAUUGUGUCCUGAUUUAAGAUCAUAUAUUAUCCUCGUCAUUUCUCACUUAGAAUAUAAUCAGUAUUAGUUUUUAUUCACUUAAUUACCUCUUCAGCUGAAAAAUAUAUCAAUAUAUAUAUAUAUAUUAAUAAAUAUAUAUAAAUAUAUAUAUUAAUUCAACACACGAGCAGAUAUCUAAGGGAAGUCUGUACUUUCUGAGUAGUUUGCAUUUUAUACACAUGGGGGCGCUGUUUAGCUUUUUAAAACUACAUCACAAUGAUUUUUAAAAAACAAAGACUAAAUAAUAACGAGCGUGCUGGGCCUUUUUGCAUUUUGCUGUGUUAUGAGAACUUGGAUCUAGUUUGUACAGAGUUUUUACAGGUGUGAACUUUGCCCAACUGACUUAAAAAAAAAAAAAAAAAAAAGUGGCGGGAGCUGUGUUUUAUUUACCACAUGAACAGAUUUGAAUGCAAGAUUUGCAUAACCAUUCGCCUAUGUGACGAGAACUUGUAAAUGGCUACAAGUUGACCUUUGAAGUGUUUGAAGGUGGUUUGAUUUGUAGUUGGGCGUGUGAUUUCUUUGUUUUCUCUUUUCUUUUCUUCAGGCAGUAAUUAGUCUUUUAAGUAGAGCUGAUCACACUGAUGGCCGGUCACUAAAAAGAAUACCCUGAUUUCGUUGAUACACAUCCUGUUAUAAAUGGAAAAAAGACAAACCUUUUUUUCCCCCUUGAUGCUGUUCUGAAACAUAAAACACAGUGUCUGUGUAUGACCAUUGCAUACUAUGUUGCCAAUACUACAGUGUGAUGAGACUUUUGUUCUUGCAUGAAUUGAGACACUGUUCUCCUACCUCAUGUUGUGAUAUAUAUAUAAAAAAGAUGUUUUUUAAGCAGAAGACACUGCAUCUCUGUUUAUCAUCAUAGAUAUUUACUAGAAAGAUUACAUACCUGUAAAUGCUUUUAGCUAAUACCUCAGUUGUAUCUAGUGUUUGUUUGUUUUUUUUUCUGUUUUUGCCCUUUCCUGAUUUCAGAUCUUGUAAAUAAAACCCUGUAUAGACAAUGAACUUGGAUCAAAUUCAAGUAAAGUUCUGUAGUGUCAAAAUC